GAGGCUCCCGGAAGUGGCCGGACCCGAAUCGCAGGCCGAGCGCACGUCCGUCGGCCGGUGGGUCCGCCAGUCUGCCAGCCCGGUGUCCCGCGCUCCUCCGCCUCGUCGCUGUCCCGCAGUUUAUUUGGCCGGAAGGCGAUCGAGGUGCUCGCCAUGGCGACGUUCAUCUCGGUACAGCUGAAAAAGACCUCGGAGGUGGACCUGGCCAAGCCGCUGGUGAAGUUCAUCCAGCAGACGUACCCAAGCCCCGGGGAGGAGCAGGCCCAGUACUGCCGCGCGGCGGAGGAGCUCAGCAAGCUGCGCCGCGCCGCGCUCGGCCGCCCGCUGGACAAGCACGAGGGCGCGCUGGAGACGCUCCUGAGAUACUAUGAUCAGAUCUGUGCCAUUGAACCUAAGUUCCCGUUUUCUGAAAAUCAGAUCUGCUUGACAUUUACCUGGAAGGAUGCUUUUGAUAAAGGUUCACUUUUUGGAGGAUCUGUAAAGUUGGCUCUUGCAAGCUUAGGAUAUGAAAAGAGCUGUGUGUUGUUCAAUUGUGCAGCCUUAGCUAGCCAGAUUGCAGCAGAACAGAACCUGGAUAAUGAUGAAGGAUUGAAAAUCGCUGCUAAGCAUUACCAGUUUGCUAGUGGUGCCUUUUUACAUAUUAAAGAGACGGUUUUAUCUGCCUUAAAUCGAGAACCUACGGUGGACAUAUCUCCAGAUACUGUUGGGACCCUCAGUCUUAUUAUGCUGGCACAGGCCCAAGAAGUAUUUUUUUUAAAAGCCACAAGAGAUAAAAUGAAAGAUGCCAUCAUAGCUAAAUUGGCCAAUCAGGCUGCAGAUUAUUUUGGUGAUGCUUUCAAACAGUGUCAGUAUAAAGAUACUCUCCCCAAGUAUUUUUAUUUCCAGGAGGUGUUCCCUGUCUUGGCUGCCAAGCACUGUAUCAUGCAGGCCAAUGCUGAGUACCACCAGUCUAUCCUGGCAAAACAGCAGAAGAAAUUUGGAGAAGAGAUUGCAAGAUUACAGCACGCAGCAGAAUUGAUUAAAACAGUGGCAUCUCGCUAUGACGAAUAUGUCAAUGUGAAGGAUUUCUCUGACAAAAUCAACCGUGCCCUUACUGCAGCAAAGAAGGAUAAUGACUUCAUAUAUCAUGAUCGAGUUCCAGACCUCAAAGAUCUAGACCCUAUUGGCAAAGCCACGCUUGUGAAAUCUACCCCAGUCAAUGUACCCAUCAGCCAAAAAUUCACUGAUCUGUUUGAGAAGAUGGUUCCUGUGUCCGUGCAGCAGUCUUUGGCUGCCUAUAAUCAGAGGAAAGCUGAUUUAGUUAACAGAUCAAUUGCUCAAAUGAAAGAAGCCACCACUUUGGCAAAUGGGGUGUUAGCUUCCCUUAACCUUCCAGCAGCAAUUGAAGAUGUAUCUGGAGAUACCGUACCUAAGUCUAUAUUGACUAAGUCCUCAUCUGUGAUUAAACAGGGAGGCAUCCAGACAGUUGAUCAGUUGAUCAAAGAACUACCUGAACUACUACAAAGAAAUAGAGAAAUCCUAGAUGAGUCAUUAAGGUUGCUGGAUGAAGAAGAAGCAACUGACAAUGAUUUAAGAGCAAAAUUCAAGGAACGCUGGCAAAGGACACCAUCCAAUGACCUCUACAAGCCUUUAAGAGCAGAGGGAACCAACUUCAGAGCAGUUCUGGACAAAGCUGUGCUGGCAGAUGGACAAGUGAAAGAACGUUACCAGUCUCACCGUGACACCAUUGCACUCCUGUGUAAGCCAGAACCCGAGCUGAAUGCUGCCAUCCCUUCCGCUAACCCAGCAAAAACCAUGCAGGGCAGCGAGGUUGUAAAUGUCUUAAAAUCCUUAUUGACAAAUCUUGAUGAAGUAAAGAAGGAAAGAGAGGGUCUGGAGAAUGACCUGAAAUCAGUGAAUUUUGACAUGACAAGCAAAUUUUUGACGGCUUUGGCUCAAGAUGGCGUGAUAAAUGAAGAAGCGCUUUCUGUUACUGAACUGGAUCGCGUCUAUGGAGGUUUUACAACUAAAGUCCAAGAAUCUUUAAAGAAACAGGAAGGACUUCUUAAAAAUAUUCAGGUCUCACACCAGGAGUUUUCUAAAAUGAAACAAUCUAACAAUGAAGCUAACUUAAGAGAAGAAGUUUUGAAGAAUUUAGCUACUGCCUACGACAACUUUGUUGAACUUGUAGCUAAUUUGAAGGAGGGCACAAAGUUUUACAAUGAGCUGACGGAAAUCCUGCUCAGGUUCCAGAACAAAUGCAGUGAUAUAGUGUUUGCACGGAAGACAGAAAGAGAUGAACUCUUAAAGGACUUGCAACAAAGCAUUGCCAGAGAACCCAGUGCUCCUUCAAUUCCUACACCUGCAUAUCAGUCCUCUCCAGCAGGGGGACAGGCUCCCACCCCUCCAACUCCAGCACCAAGAACUGUGACGCCUGUUAAGCCCCAGCCUCCAGCCCGGCCCCCACCUCCUGUGCUUCCAGCAAAUCGAGCCCCUUCUGCUACAGCUCCAGCUCCAGCGGGUGCUGGCACCGCUGCACCAACUCCGGGUUCAGCUCCUCUUCCACAGGCCCAGGGACCCCCCUACCCCACCUAUCCAGGAUAUCCCGGGUACUGCCAAAUGCCCUUGCCCAUGGCCUAUAAUCCUUAUGCAUACGGCCAGUAUAACAUGCCAUUCUCGCCAGUGUACCACCAGAGCCCUGGACAGCCUCCGUAUCCAGGACCCCAGCAGCCUUCCUACCCCUUUCCUCAGCCCCCACAGCAGCCCUACUACCCACAGCAGUAAUGUCAGUUCAAGCUCAGCUGGUUCAGUUCAAAGGGAAAGAAAUACCAAUCCUGCAAUAAGUGUACUAAACUCUACGCUCUGGUUAAUAUAAACGUACUCUACUGUACUGAUUGCGUAUAAUUUUUGUCUGCGGCUAAAAGCUAAAGCUGUGCCCUGGUUUCACAUUUGAUUGCACAUGUGAGGUUUGCUGCUGUUGCAGUAUAAACACUAAGUGUAAUAGGAUUUGAAAUAAAUUAUAUUACAGUUCAUAAAAGUCGAAAAUGAGAAACUAAACCCACAAGUGAAACGUUUGAAAUGAUUAUCCUUAUGUCUACAUAAGAUGUGAUUGGGACAUCAGAUACUUAUAAUGAUGGUUUAAGUACUGAUACUCAAGGAAACUAAGUUUUCUUUCUCUCUUGGUUUAUUAAUUUGGUUUAAUUUCCAUUAUGCUAUUUUGCAUAAUCAAAGCAUUGUAAUCUUAUAAUUUAAAAAUAAAUUUCUUAAGAACAGUUGUUAUCGUUAUGUUUUGUCAUUGAUUCUCAUUACUGUCUAAUUUCUUUCUGGUAUUAGUCUCAUUUUAUAUGUACAUGAGCUAAACAGAUACUGUGUUUAAGUGCAUGAUGAGUACAAAUUAAUAGAUUCAAGUACAUUUUAUGGGAAAACCAAAAGAAUAGUAUCAUAAUAUAUCUUUCAUAUGCUGAUUAGUAAAUUAAUUUUGACAUUUAUUUUGAAAAGUCCUAUAAUGUGGAAGAAACACAAUUGCUACCAAAGAUUCUUCAAAUAAACAUGUAUAUUUAAUGUUUUGUUAGCAUCUCCAAGAAAUUGGUACCGAUUCUGAUAAUUUUUUUCGUAAUCUGGUUAAAUUAUAUCAUUGACAGUACUGUCUAAUAUAAUGGGAUUGUUUAAAGAAAAUUUACUGUACCCUCCUAUUCCUCUUUUCCACCUGACUGUCUUAAUUUAGUCACAUUUAAUGCGCAAUGUAUAUGUAGAUUUACAAAUGUAGAUUUAAGCUCUUUCAUUUUUAUGCUCCGAAAGAUUGGACUGUUCUAUAAUUCAGGGAGCACACCAAACAGUUGUUGGGAGCAUAUGCCAGUUCUGGACGAGGCUGUGUAUUUAAUAUUAAUCUCUGCUGUUAGGAUAACUAAUCGCUGUAUAAACCUCAGUAAAAAACAGUGAGACAUGCUUCAUGGAAUGAGGAAAUGAGAAAGGAGUGAGCUGUCUGCUAGCACAGUGGGAUCUGUUUUGUAAUAGGUUCAUUUUUGAACACAUCAGGCAUAGAAGCAAUUUUCCAAUGAAUCGGUUUAUGUUUAUUUUCUGAGUUUUAAUGCUGACCUUUCCUUGCAUUAUUGUUUCAUUUAAAUGAUGCUAUCACUUGGUCCACUGUUGUUUUCGUUGACAGUUUGGGUUUAUAUUUUAAAUGUUGGACUGAAGGUAUGAUUGUAAAAGGGAGUGAAUUGGUUUAAAAAUAUAUGUAUAUUAAAAAAAAAUCUUACUUUGUUGUAUGUAGAAAACAUGAAGGCAUGUUACUGCAAUAUAAAUGAACUUUACAUGGAAUAUUAAAAUUGGUUUAAAGUCCAGUAGUUAAAACCUUGGCAAAAAAUAGUUUUUACAUAUCAUAGCUAAGUUUUAUUAAUGUGGAAUCAUCGAAGUAUGACGUGGGCUUGUUUGACUCAUGUAAAUGACAUUUAAGUUCUACGUUCUUAUUACUCAAGGUGGUAUCAUAUACUAUAACGUAAGAUACUCAGCGAGAGGGGUAUUCUAAAUUGCUAGUUUAUAAUUCUUACUAAAUGCAGAAAAAAAAGAAAAACAAAAUGGGCCUGAAUAUUCUCUUGGGGAAAGACAGCACUAAAGGAAGGAGUAAGUGAAUCAGAGGGCUGGCCGGAAGAGAAGUGCUGAGGCCAUGCAGCCCGUUCCCUGUGCUAAGCUAGGUCCGCUGCCAGAGGGCGCUGCGAGGUCAUUCAGAAACUAGGAAAGGAGGCUCCACAGCCUCUUCCAUUGUGUCUUGACUCGCUCAACUCGGUCAGCAAAGCCUUUUUAUGCAGCAGCCUAGACCCAUUCCCUCUUGUCCAUUCACUCAUCCUGUACACAACUGAGGAUACUUUCUUUUAGUCACCUGUUUAGUUACAGAUGACCAAGUGUCUGCAGCCCUUCACUGCUGCGUCUGUCUUUAUAGGCCUAUCUAGUUUCAUUAUGGGGGCUCAUGGAAAGAAGUUUCUCAUGUCCAUUUUGCAUUCUAGCAAACGAAGCCCUCAUUGGGAUUGUUAUUGUUACCAAACUUUUUCAUCCUUUGCUUAGCUUCCUAUAUUCUGCAAAAUACCCUAAAAAGUUGUUCUGGAUAAUGCUAUUGUUUUAGACGUAGGAGAGUGGCACUCUGGUUCAGUAGUUGUACUUAUGAUUAUAAGUAGACUUUUUGAUUAUCUUACCUAAAGAAACCAUUCCCAGACCAUUUAAGUUUGACUGUGGAAUACUUUUUUAAGAUGGAUUAUACUUCAGGUAAUGAAACUGUAUAGAGGAGCUACUCAGAAGUGCAGUAAACACUAACUUCUCUUGUUUCUUGUUCCUAGUUGGAGAUGGAUGGCCCGACUUCUCAGUCUGGUAUAAAGCGUUGGGGCUACUCCUGUGCUCCUUGGUCUUGAUUCUCAAUUAAGAAAAAUAGUCACAUAUAAGUGCAAACCAGUCUUUGCGGGAUAGCCACGUGCCCGUACCCCCAGCUUCUUUGCAGUUUAUCAUCUCCCCCUCCCCAAAUCUAAAUAGUUACAGAAAGAACAAGAUUUCACAGCCUUCUGUUCCUGACAUUCUUUCUCAGCCACCUUUCUAGUCUAAAUUAGAUUUUAAAAAAUGUUUCCCAUUAGAGCUUUACAGUUUGCAAAAGUGCUUUUUUGUACAAUGCAAUUUGUUAAGUAGGCUUCAAUUUGCUAAUGGGGAUUAUUUUUUUUUAAUGAUCAUUACAUCUUGAAGAAUCUUGCUACAACCUAGUGGUAUCUCUCUUUUUUUUAAAUACUGCAAUUAGUUGCUUCACAGAACAGGAUACAAAGUAGGAAAAAACAACAACAAUGCUAUAGCAUUAUAAUUAUUAGUUUAGAAGUAGACUUUAGAACUAAAUGGUGAUUAUAAGAUUUUCAUGGAAGAACAAAGAAGGAAAAUUAUAUUUUUAAAGAAAAGAGAAUAUUCAGGCUUUAUUUCUGGUAUGAAGUUUAUAUUUUUAAAAAAAUCCUAUAUUAUCACACCAGAGAUUUUAGAGUCUUUUCUGGUUACAAACAUUGCUGGUAGUUGGAUUAUAUUUUUAUUGUAUUCAUUUAUCUUAGGGGGAAAAUUGUAAAGAAACAAAAAGGUUCCAGAUGAAUGUAUCCUAGAAAUAAAAGUUGAAAGAUUCUUAC